UGGUCGCUUCAGUCUGGAAAGGCAAUACACAUCGGAUGACGUUGCGUCCUGUUACUAAUAUAAAGGAAAUCGUACUGAUACACAACGGAAAUUCUCGCCUAAAGUUAAUAUAGCUGUACUCGUCCUGUCAUGGCGGAAGAUGAAAGUUGGUCUCUUGUACCAACAUGGAGGAGAGCCGAGGAUCAGCCCUAGAGAACUGCUGGGAGUGGUGCUAUACGCGGUGCUUUGGCUACGGCCAACACGACUUUCAGACGGAUAGUUCCAGGAGCGAGCGGCUCGCAAGCGGUUGUGAGCAUUGCUGUAGGCGGAUCUCCUCCUGUCUCUGCUGCUUGCCGUGUUUUGAUUUUAUUUGUGAUCGAUGUUUAAGACACCAUAUAUGCUACAAGUGUCUUCACUGUUCUUGUUUUUAUUCUGAUGACAAGGAGGACCUUCCCGACUGUGAUACCACCCCAGGAAUGGUCCGCCAGUCCUCAGUAAAAAGCCUGGACAAAUAUGUGAGUCCUUGUGUGGCGUCCAAUUUCAAUAUUCUGGAACAACCAGCGGCUAAUACAUCCAGAGAACCCAAUAACACACCCGAGGUGAAUAAUCCAACAAAUGGCAAAACGAACGUGAAAGUUCACACCCACCAACCACCUCGCCUCUCUCUGCUCAUUGCUAAGAAGAACCAGUACCAACAAAUGCAGGACCUUCCAGCCGAUAUUCAAGAAGAAGACGAUGGGGAGGCAUCAGGAAGCGGCGCGCGGACUCCAAAACGUGUGACUAUAUCUGACGAAGUAGUGGUCCACGAGACGGCGGGGGACACGGGGGAGGAGGAAAUAAACACGGCUAAAGUAGACCCCACCGACCUCAACACCAACAUCUUCAUUCAAGACUUCAAGCAGACGACAGUCUAAAUACUCAGCCAACUCCAGUAUCAACACCUUCAUUCAAGACUUCAAGCAGACGACAGUCUAAAUACCCAGCCAACUCCAGUAUCAACAUCUCAAGACAGUCUAAAUACUCGGCCAACUUCGAUGUCAACAACUCCAUCAGAGACUUUAAGCAGACGACAGUCCAACUUAAUUAUUACCUCACUGACGACUGUCUUACUUUAUAGCAUACCUUAAGUUACGUAGCUGAUGUGUGUAGCUACCAGGAGAGUCGUUCUCAAAUGGAGUGCAUGUGAUCUCGAGUCGCUCUCUAUAACACGGAUAAUAGUGCUUAUGUGUAAUUGUUGAUGUUUGAUUUAUAUUUAUUAUUCUAUGUAUAGUGUCCCAUAGAAAGCUGUAAAAUCGAGUUAAUAGUAAAACAACUUUUCAUUUAUGAUUGUCAUAAACUGUGCAUAAAGAAGAUCUGAGAAUACCCAGAUCAUAGAAACGAACACAGCAUUAAACAGGCAUUGAUGAAAUAAUUUUUAAUUCAAAUAACACAAGGAAUUGUUUUGUACAAGGAAAUUGAGGAUUCGAUACAGGAAAUAUUUUAUCAAACAUAAGAGUGUUAGAUUCAAAUCUUAUCCGUUUCAGCUAGAGAAUCAAACAACUAGGUUAUUUUUUCUCUUUGACAUUUUAAUAUUCGAAAUUAAUAACGACAAAAUAGAGAUCAAAGUAUGGCAUUACGUACACAUCGUUACAGUGUAUAACCAUUUGCGGAUGUUAUUUAUCUAUGCUGACUGAUUAAUAUUGUAUGAUCCACUUACGGACAUUACAUAAAUAUAUACAUAGGAUCAGUUUGUAAAUUUUUGAUUUUUAAAAGUGGUGGAUUGAUUCAAAUUUUAUGAAAUUAACCGCAUUAUAAACAUAAUUAAAGCAA